AUGAGCAACCAUACAGAAACCACAGAGUUCAUCCUUCUGGGAUUGUCAGAUGACCCAAAGCUCCAGGUUGUGAUCUUGGUCUUUCUCUUCAUCACCUACACACUCAGCAUCACAGGGAACCUGACCAUCAUCACUCUCACCUUGCUGGAUUCUCACCUCCAGACUCCCAUGUAUUUCUUUCUCAGGAAUUUCUCUGUUUUAGAAGUACCCUUCACAACUGUCACUAUACUCAAGUUCUUGGGCAGCAUUAUCUCGGGGGAUAAAAUCAUUUCCUUCAAUGACUGUAUAGCACAGUUAUUUUUUCUUAAUCUAUUUGGAGAAAUUGAAUUUUACCUUCUAGCUGCCAUGUCCUAUGACCGUUACAUAGCUAUCUGCAAGCCCCUGCAUUAUCUGACCAUCAUGAGUCAGAAGGUCUUCACUUGUUGGCUGGUUUCUUUCCUAGUCAUCUUCCCAGCACUCAUGUUGGUCCUACACCUUGAUUAUUGUGGGUCCAAUAUCAUUGACCACUUUGCCUGUGAUUAUUUCCCCCUGCUUCAACUUUCCUGUUCAGACACAAAGUUCCUGGAGAAGAUGGGCUUCUUCUGUGCUGUCUUUAUCGUAUUGUUCACUUUGGUGUUAGUAUUUCUGUCCUAUACAUACAUCAUCAGAACAAUUUUGAAGAUUCCUUCCGCCAGUCAGAGGUCAAAGGCCUUUUCCACAUGUUCUUCCCCCAUGAUUGUCAUCUCCAUCUCUUAUGGCAGCUGCAUUUUUAUGUACAUAAAAUCCUCAGCAGCAGAUAGAGCAUCAUUGACCAAGGGAGUUGCCAUACUAAAUACCUCAGUUGCCACCAUGCUAAACCCCUUCAUUUAUAGCCUGAGGAAUCAGCAAGUCAAGCAAGCCUUUAUGAACAUGGCAAGGAAGAUGGUGUUUUCUACAACUAAAUGA